ACCAGCUAUGGAUGACAAAUCCAAGAAGAAGCAGGAAGCACCAGACAACCAGUUAUGGAUAUCAACGUGUUGAGUUUAUGCCCACAAAUUCGAGUAAUUUGUACUGGUUGUGUAUGAUUAUGUGGCUAGCAUUGGAUUUGAAUUUCUACAAAAUCCCAAGCAUGAAGCUACACAUGCCACAUACAAAGCCAAGGAGGAGAAGAACCAAGCACCAGAGAACCAGAAAAUGCCUGGUGAUCAACAGUCAUCAGAGAUAUCAAAUAUUACAAAAAGUUUCAAGGAUGGAUUAGACGAUGUUAUUCAUGUGAACGCACUCUUCACCUCAGCAGUCUUCACUGGAUUAUCAUUUUCCAGCUCAACUCCAACCCUUGAGACCAGAGAGGAGUGUAAGCCGGGCGUGGGGAUUGAAAAAUGGCUGGUGAUAUUCGAAAUUAUACCAUUUGGCUUUUUCCUUGUAUCCAGCCUGCUAGGCAAGGCACUGAAGAUUCAGCUCCAUAUCAUUAAGAACUCCAACUUCAUACAAAAUAUAUGCCGUGCGAUGAUGGUAUUAUGCGCUGCUUGUAGUAUUCUUGGCUCUGUCUUCCUAUUCCUUGCAAUGAUCAAUGUCCUCCAGAUGAGGUUAGGGAAGUUAACCUGCAAGGGGAAUGUGUGGAUUGGAGCUGGUUCACUGAUUAUUCUUUACUUUCUUGCUCUGGUGUUCUGGGUACCCUCGCUUGUAUAUGUUCAAAUCAUUUCCUGGGAUAUAGAAUUCUAAACCCUCCGAUAAAAAGGAUGUGACCCUGCUUCCAAAGUCGUGGACUAAGCUCAAGAGUAGUAAUUUGUAAUACACCUAGUAGUAGUCCUCAACUGGUGAGACUCCGGUGAUUAAUAGUGCUAUCAGCUUGUCUAUGUUUGCUAUGUUUUGUAUGCUUGGAAUCCUUGAAGUAUGGUUUGAAAGUGACAGUCCAUGUCUUAGCCUAAUUCCAAUGCUUGGAAAUUCAUGGACUAAGCUAAAGAGUAGUUAUUUGUAAUACACCUAGUAGUAGUCCUCAACUGGUGAGACUCCGGUGAUUAUUAGUGCUA